AACGGGCCGACAUAUUCCUUCGUAGGCGUCGUUCGGACCAAAGUGUGAACGUUCACCUGCGUAUAUGGGAAUAUCGUUCGUUUUUAAAAGUUAAUCAUUAUAAACAUUUGAAACGGGCUUUUAUACGUUACUCGAUUCGUAAAUUCCGUGAUUAUUUCGUUUUUCUUUUGUUCUUUUUCAAUUCUUUUUUUCUUCGUAAUCCCUCAAAAAGUCAAGAAAAAUAUUUUCGAAAAAGGAAAGAAAAAAGAAAAAGAAAAAAAAAAGAAAAAACAAGAAGAAGAAGAAGAAGAAGAAGAAGAAGAAGAAUUUUUCGGGGACAGAACAAAAUGCGUGAUCUAGAGAAUCAAAGAAUCUUAAAGGACGAAGAAUGUUUCGAGGUGGUAAGGAAGAAACUUCAUCGAGAUUGCAUGGAGGAUUUCUCUUUGAUCGAUUACGAGUUAGUACCUAUAGACGGUGUCAAUGGUUACAUGGGUCAAUAUUUUAAACUGAAAGCUACGGUCGCACGUCCGAUGACACCGUUGGAAACGAAGGAUUUGAAUUUCUUUACAAAAAUACCACCGCCUAUCACUAGCCCACAAUAUAAAUUUAUUCAACAAUAUGGUACCUUCAAGAAAGAAGUCGAACUUUAUACCAGAGUAUUUCCCGAAGUUUUGAAUGGUCCUGAACAAAAAUAUAUACCAGAGUGUUUUUUGGGUUUGGAAAAUGACGUAAUUGUAUUGGAAGACAUGGCGUAUAGUGGAUUCAUUAUGACUGACAAAUUUGAACCAUUCGAUUUUGAACAUUGUCAGGUCUUGAUGAAGACACUUGCUAGGUUCCAUGCAAAGUCAUUUAUUUUCGAGGAACAAUAUAAAAAGAAUUUACACGAUGAAUUCUCUCAUUGCAUGCAAGAAACACUUUGGUCUCAAAAGGAUGGUAAAAGUAAGGCCAUGUUCGAUGCUGCUGUUAAGGGUACCGUUUCCAUGAUCGAGAUCAUACCAAAUUUGAACAAAGAUCAGAAGGAAGUUUUAAAGGAAAAACUCAUCGAUCUAUCGGCAAGUCACAUGGAUAAAUUAUCACCCUCGUCUAAGCAUAAGAACGUCUUGUGUCAUGGCGAUCUAUGGGCAAAUAAUAUACUAUUUAAGUAUGACAAAGAUAAGAAACCAAUCGAGUGUUGCCUGAUAGAUUUUCAAUUAGCCAGGUACAAUCCACCAGCGCAUGAUAUAUUAUGUUUCUUUCAAUUCACGACUAGCCGAGAAUUACGAGAUAAACAUUGUGAGACCUUAUUAAAAAUCUAUUAUGAUUCAAUGACAGAAGCAUUGAAAGAAGCAACUCUGGACAUAUCAAUGAUCUUUCCAUGGAUCGAGUUUAUAUCGUCGAUUGAGGAUUUACGUAUUAUGUGCAUUAUUCAUGGUAUCUUGAAUACACCAAUCAUGCUCUUGGAUCCUGGCGCGGCCAGCAAGUACUUCAGUGAGGAACCUGAACUUCUCGAAAAUAUUCUCUACGACGAUAGGACACCUCUUAUUUGUGGACAAUUUGAGAAUGUUCCGAAAUAUCGGGCCAGAAUGCUCGAGGGUUUGUUCGAGUUAUAUGAUCGUUUGAUCGAUUAAAUUUCUUUAUUUUUUUCUUUUAACAAAAAAGUCGAUCUAUCACACGUAAUCCAACAUUGGAUUUCUAUUUGAAUUAAUCUGUACAAUUAAAGUAUUUAAAAUAUUGUAAAAAGUAAGAAUUUAAAAAAGAUAAUUGUUUACUUGUUUGUGCCUUCGAUAAAGAUAUUAUUUGAAUCGAAUUGGAUGUAUUAAUUCGAUCGAUUUAAUAAAAAUGUCCGAAUAAAUCUAAAAUUCUAAUAAAUCACAAUUUUAACUAAUAAUUUUAUUUAUUUUAUUAUUACUCGAUAAAAAUUAUACUCACCUAGAUAUAAUAUUACGAAUUAUUUCUCGAAUGAUAAAUAUCCUCUUUGUAUUCUGCAAAGAAAUAUUUUUAAAGAAGGAAGGAUAUAAGAAUUUUAUGUGAAAUAAAAAUCUCAUCUCAAAUUUGAUGAUGGUAUCGCACGUUCAAAAAAAAAAACAAUAAUUAUCGAUCGUGUGAACGGUAUAACCCUAUUCGGGACACGCUCGAGAUAGGGCAUCCGUUCUCUUUUAUUACAAACUCUGAUGUGAAUAUCGCACACCGAAACGUGAGGCAUAAUGGGACUCUUGUAAUUUCAUACCUUUUAUGUAUAUAAUUAUUUAUAUCGUCAAUUAUAAUGAAUAUAUAGUUAUGUACAA